AUGGAAGCGACAAGCAAUGAAGCGUCAGGUACGCUUCACCCAGUCAACUACAAAGAGCGUUAUCGACCUCAAUUUCAUUUUUCACCCGCCAAGAAUUGGAUGAAUGACCCCAACGGCCUCAUCUACCACAAGGGAUCUUAUCACAUGUACUAUCAAUACAACCCCUCGGCCGAUACAUGGGGGGAUAUGUCAUGGGGUCAUGCCAUCAGCAAAGAUCUACUGCACUGGAAGGAGCAGCCACUGGCGCUCAGUGCUUUGAACCCUCCGGCAAAACCAGGUCCGGGGCCACUCAAUGAGUUUUUCUUCUCGGGCAGCGUUGUUUAUGAUGAGUCAAGGUCUUCCGGGCUUAAUAAGUCUGUCUUAGAUUCGAGUCUCAGUGGUGAAGAAAUUCCUGCUCCGCUUAUCGCGGUCUAUACAUCCUUAUAUCCCAACGACAUCACUCUUCCUACUGGUCGGACUAUCCGUGCCGGGACGCAAGCGCAAUCUAUUGCCUACAGUGUCGACGAUGGUCUCACUUGGACCGAGUACAACGAAAAUCCAGUGCUGCCGUUGCCGCCGAGUCCUUAUAAAGACCAAUGGCAAGAGUUCCGAGACCCUUUCGUCUUCUGGUAUGGGCCUGACCAAUGUUGGGUGAUGGUAGUCGCCCUAUCAAAGCUUCAUAAAGUUCUUUUCUACACAUCCAAAAACUUGAAGCAAUGGACAAAUGUCGGUGAAUUUGGUCCAGCCAAUGCCACUGGUGGAGUAUGGGAGUGUCCGAGCUUUUUCCCACUUCCAUUAGCUGGCGACGAGUCAAAAGUCAAAUGGGUGCUCGUCUUGGGUAUAAAUCCGGGUGGCCCAGUAUUUACCAACUCAUCAGCAACGCAGUAUUUCGUGGGAGACUUCAACGGAACCAAUUUCACGGCGGAUGAGGACACUCUUUGUUCUCCGAACUGGCUUGAUUAUGGUCCUGACUAUUAUGCGGCUGCCACCUAUAAUGGGCUUGACAAAUUCGAGCGUGUCGCAAUUGCUUGGAUGAAUGAUUGGGCUUAUGCUGCAAGCAUACCAACUAACCCAUGGCGAAGUGCAAUGACUAUCCCUCGCCAGCUUACACUCACAACGACCGAAGAAGGCCGUGUUCAGCUUAUUUCGGCGCCGUGUUCCAGUCUCCCGAAUCUCGAACGUGAGCCCAAGUUGCUUUCCAAGAAGUGGCAUUCUCUCUCACAAGGAAAUAUGGACUUUCCAAUCUCCGAGAAAACACUGGAUAUUACAGUUGCAUUCUCCCCUGCCCCCUCUUCGAAAUGGGUCUGUCUGAAUCUGCGGACUAACGCCGAUGAUGGUCGUAGCAAUACCAAUAGCACUGCCGUUGCCACCGUCGGUUACGACUUCUCCACAGAAAGGUUGUUCGUGAAUCGUCUUGCUGCUGGUGGGGAUUCCACGUUCAGCAGCGACUACGAAGGCACGUAUUACGCACCGCUGAAACCGAAAGAUGAUGUCGUAAGAUUUCGUGUUUUGCUCGAUUGGUCUUCUGUCGAGGUUUUUGGUGGUCAAGGCGAAUGUACGAUCACUGCACAAAUAUUUCCAUUGGAUACCGCAGGCACUGGGAUUUCACUAUCCUCAGACGGUGGGGCCAAAGAUGUCAGUGUGGACGUCGCGAAGGUAGCAUCGGUAUGGAGAAUCGAGAAAUCCUGA